AUGGGCACCCGUGACGAUGCCUCCCUGGCCAAGGCUGUGGCUCCUGUGGCCGUGUACUGUGGCAGCGUCCCUCGGACCAGCGCCGGGCCUCACGUGCUGCCACUUGGAGGUGCCAACCCCUGCCUGCCUGCUCUUGGAGAAGCCGCCCUGCAGCCCGUGCCCAGCAUCUUGCCCAGCAGCGAGAAGCCAUCACAGCUCCAGAGUGGACCUGCGGACCCAGGCAGCCUCAAACUGGACACCCCCUCGCAGGGCUGGCAGGCCAGGAACGGUCACCCCCAGAGCCUCGGGGGCCUGUCUUUGGGGCCUCAUCCCCUGGCGCCUCUGCCCUCGCUGGAUUCAGAGGCCAGCAGUGUGGCCCGGGACACCACCCAGAUCAAGGACAAGCUCAAGAAGAGGCGCCUGUCGGAGGGCCUGGCAGCGUCUUCCCGAGCCUCUCUGGACCCUGGGGGAGUUCCCCUGAGGAGCACCAUCCCGCGUGCCACCGGUCAGAGGCUGCUGAGGGUGCCCAGGCCGAUGCCUCCCAUCCAGAGCAUCCCCACCACGCCUGAGGCCAAGGAGAGGGACCUGGACCCGCCUCGGAGCUAUCAGGGUGCCCCGGAGGUAAGGUGAGGUGCCUGGGAGGUGCAGAUGUCCCCGCAGUACCUGCACUGCAAGGACGAGAAAAUGCGGAAGUCGAUGGCAGGCGCUGUGAUCCCGCCCAUCCCGAAGGCUGGGCUGCCUGCCAGGGCCGCCUCCUCCACGCUGGGCUCCCUUCCUGGCCCCUUGUCCCCAGGCCAGGCUGUCCUCACGGGGCUGGGGGCCCCACGCACCCGAUUGGUUCUGGAGGACGGGCCCCGGGAGAAGACUCCCAAGUCUCUGGUACCCAAAGCUUUGCCCGCCCCCAUCAGAGACGGGUCAGCCACCGCCUCUCAGAAGCCGGCCCUGACUUCCUCGCAGUCUGCUCCCGCGCUGACGGGCUUCUUCAGCUAUGCCGAAGAAGCCCACCCCCUGCGGAAACAGGAGGACCCCAAGGAGACCAGCACUAAGAUCCAUGUCACCAUCUCCAAGUCUGCCCAGGAGAAGAUGCGGCUGAAGCAGAUGAAAGAGGCGGAGGCGUUGCGGAGGGCCAAGGAGCCCGAGCCGGAACGGGCGCUGGCGUCCCAGAGCCUGGGUUCCCGGGGCGCCGCACUGAAGGAAGGCCUCCUUCCGCUCCGGGGCAGCAGGACGCAGUCCGUGCCUGCUGGGAUGAGCAGUGCAUACAGAAACAUGGGCAUCGCCCUGAGGAAGCGGGCCAACCGGUCCUCACUGCCCAGCAUCCUGGUCAGCAAGCAGGAGCCCAGCUUCGCCCGCCAUGCUUCAGCCAAUUCCCUGCCCGCGGUGCUCACUCUGGGGUCCCCCGAGGGGGAGGAAGAGGAGGAGGAUGUGGACAGUGGCGCCCUCAGGGAGCCGCGGCCGCUCUCCAAUCCCGAGCUGGGUUUGACGGACGCGCUGCUCUGCCUCGGCAGCAGUGACUGGCAGGUGAAAGAGAAAGGCCUGAUGAGCGUCCGGCGCCUGGCGGCCUGUCACCCCGACGUCCUGGCUGGGAGGCUGCACGACGUGUCCCUGGCGGUGACGGGGGAGGUCACCAACCUCCGCUCCAAGGUGUCCCGCCUGGCCAUCAGCACCCUGGGGGACCUCUUCCGGGCCUUGAAGAGGAAUAUGGACCAGGAGGCCGAGGAGGUGGCCCGCUGCCUGCUGCAGAAGAUGGGGCACACCAGCGAGUUCAUCCAGAGAGCCGCCAACCGCUCCCUGGGGGCCAUGGUGGAGAGCGUGACCCCGGCCCGCGCCCUGGGGGCCCUCACCUCUGCGGGCAUCUACCACCGAAACCCCUUAGUCCGGAAGUGCACCGCUGAGCACCUCUCCGCCGUCCUGGAGCAGAUCGGCGCCGAGAAGCUUCUGUCGGGGACCAGGGACAGCACGGACACGCUGGUACACAACCUGGUGAGGCUGGCCCAGGACUCCAACCAGGACACCAGGUUCUACGGCCGGAAGAUGGUGAACAUCUUGAUGGCAAACACUAAGUUCGAUGCGUUUCUGAAACAGUCGCUCCCAUCCCACGACCUGCGGAAGGUCAUGGCGGCCAUCAAACAGCGGGGAACAGAAGAUAAUGAUGAACUUCCAGCUGCCAAAGGCCACAAGGUGUGCAGGAGCCUGGUGGUGUCUGAGAACGGGCUGCCCGGCGAGGAGGGGCUCAGCUCCAAUGGCCCACGACUGGUGGGGCCGCGUUCUUCUCUGAGGGGCGGCACGGAGCGGGUGGAGCAGCUACGGGAGCUGACACGGCUACUGGAGUCCAAGGAGUACCAGUCUCGCAUGGAAGGCGUGGGGCGGCUCCUUGAGCACUGUAAGACCAAGCCAGAGCUCAUCACUGCCAACGUGGUCCAGGUCUUCGAUGCUUUCACGCCAAGGCUUCAGGAUUCCAACAAGAAGGUGAACCAGUGGGCGCUGGAGUCCCUUGCCAAGAUGAUCCCCUUCCUCAAAGAAAGCUUGCAGCCCAUGCUGCUGUCCAUCAUCAUCGCUGUUGCAGACAACCUCAACUCCAGGAACGCGGGGAUCUCUGCCGCCGCCGCCUCCACGCUGGAUGCCAUGAUGCAGCACCUGGAUCCCCUUUGCCUCCUGCAAGCAUUUGCAGGGCGGGCACGUUUCCUGAGUGGCCGUGCGCUGCUGGACAUCACAGAUCGCCUGUCAGCGCUGGUGGCCUCGGUUUACCCUCGGAAGCCGCAGGCUGUGGAGUGGCACGUGCUUCCAGUUCUCUGGCACUUCUUGAACAGCGUGCCGGGGAGCAGCACCCUGCCCAGGCACGGCAGCAGCGUUGGCGCGGUGGUGUGCCGGCUCACCGGGAGCCUUCGGGAGCAGAUGGGCUCCCGCCUGCAGGACUCGGCCGCCGGGCAGCCAGAGCACGUCGUCAAAAUGCUGCAGCGCCUCCUGGACGUGACCCCCAUGGCGGGCAGCAGCAGGGGCGCCAGCAGAGAGCUGCCACUGGGCGGCAAGGCAACAGGCAGCUGA